AUGGGAAAACUUUCUGAGUUCUUUAACAACCCGGGUUCCAGGCCCACUAUGUAUUACCGUGCCCCAGCGGCUGUUCCCAGGCCCGAUGGAAGCACUGUAACUGAGCUGCAUGAUGUUUCGUCUUCAGGUAGCUCUGUUUCGAGCAAGGACAAAGAUGACGUGAGUGUGAAUUGUUCAUAUGCUGAAUCAGAUAUGAAUGAAGUUGUCCUAACAAAGAGAGGUCAUGUUCAAACAAGCCGGGGGUUCACUGGUCUUCGCAAAGGUAUUACUGAUCACUGCAUGGACUGGAUGGUAGCUUGGGCUGGCUCCCAAUUUGUCUUUUUUUUUAUGUGGAUCAUUUUAGCCGUUUGGUGCAUCAUAGGUAUUGUUUAUAAGGCACCCAGCGUUUGGCAAGUGGUGAUGCAAGAUGGUCAAUCGAUUCAGUGCUACAUUUGGGACACUUUGUUGAUGAGGCAGCAGCUCAUCAGUACGCAUGAACAGUUGUCUGUCUGUGGUAAUGUCAGAUCGCGCAUUGGCACUUUGAAAAGAUUGUUCAGUAGCAGACAGCUGUCGAGAAGCUCAGGUAAGAAAGAUCUGAAGGAUGAUUGUGUCAGCGUCCAUUCUGAAGAAAUGCAAUGCAAUUCCGUCACUGAAAGGUCAGCAACCGAAGGUAAAUUGCCCUCAGAGACGUGGUACGACAAGUUUUGCUCCUUUACCAGUGUCAUUUUAGGUUCUUUGUAUGUUAUCAUCAUUUUCUGGAUAUGCAUUUUCAUCUGGAUUGGCACAGGUGCUCUCUGGAUCGACGCUGGUAAUAGUCCCCCAUACACAGGUGAAAAAACUGGUAGUAAUCCACGUCUGGCCAGGUUUGCUGAUAAUUGGCAAUUGUAUAUAAAUACUGCUACUGCAGUUGUACUUAUGGUGUGCUCUGUCUUUUUGCAGAAUAUCAGAUCCAGGCAUGAUAAGUACAUAGGCAAGUUCAUCCGAGGUAUCAUGACUAUGGACGUCGAUAUCGAGACCGAGGCACGUAGAAAAUUCGGUGAUUUUGACACACAAAAUCCAGUCAUUGCCAUGGAGACAAAGAAGAGAGGAUGGGGUCAAAGAAGCAUCGAUUUUUAUGCGGAUGUUAUCGGUACAGGUAUCGGCAUCAUUAUCGCUAUCGUUGUGUUCAGCAUUUGGUUAGGUAUUGGAAACCAAUUAAGUUGGAGUGAUGACUGGUGGUUGAUUAUCGGUACGUACACUGGUCUCAUGGGUUAUCUCGACGGCUUCGUCAUCAGAGAAGCUUACCAUCGAAUCACCAAUAAGGAAGAGCAUAGUUAUCGGAUUGUUGCUGAAGAAGAUUUGGAACUUUUCCAUUUGGCGGGCAUAACCUGCCCUCCGGAAUACACUGGUCUUGAUAUUCCCACAUCUAAGUCUCUAGAUUACAAAGUUUCGGCAUGGAUCAGCCAUGUUUGCUCGAGUCCUCUGAGUGUCCUGUUCGCUGUAUGUUCUGUUAUUGGUCUCAUCAUUAUAUCCUCAGCCUUGCACUGGAGUACAACAGGUCAACUGAUCGCCAACACACCUACCAUGAUUAUCGAAGCUUUCUUGUUGAUCGUCUUAAUUCAAGCACACAAUUGGGCUGAUCAAAGGCGCAGAAUCGAGGUUAGCUCCCUGUAUGCUCGGAGAUGUAUCCUCUUGGCACACCUGCAAAGGAUUUGA